AUGCCCCCGGUCCGGAUCCUCCAAGCCAACCUCAACCACACGGCCAGGGCGCACGACUUAUUUAUCCACUGCCUGGCCGAGUUAGGUGUGGGGUUGGCGGUCGCCGCGGAACCAUACCGCGUCGCCGAUUGCCCGAACUGGGUGGCCGACGCGUUGGGCUCCGUGGUGAUAGUUGGCAGCGACAUCGCGGCCCUCCGCGUGUUCGCCCGCGGCGACGGGUUCGUCGGGGCGGAGUGCGGCGGCCUGGCCCUGAUCGGGGUCUACGCCCCUCCGAGUGCCCCCCUCGCGGCGUUCGAGUGGCUGCUGGACGGGAUCCGGGACGCAUUGUCCCGCUCUCCAGUAGCCCGAACGCUCGUGCUGGGCGACUUCAAUGCCAAGUCCACGGCGUGGGGUGGCCCGGCAACGGACGCGAGGGGUCGGGCGGUGCUGGAGUGGGCGGCGUAA